GGGGAAAGGGGAAAGCUGCUCCCGCACACAGCUCGCGGGCCUGGCACCCGGGAGGAGAUGCCCGGCCAGGGUGCGGUGUCCGACUGGACGGAGUGCAGCUCUUCCGCAGAGCCGCCCGCAGUGGCCAGGACCGUGGGUGGCGGCGGCGGAUCAGCUGGACAUUCUUAUUACCAGAAUUCCAAAGGUACUGACAGAAUCAAAGAUGGACACAAAGUGAACUCACACAUAGCCAAGCUGCAAGAGUUAUGGAAAACUCCUCAAAUUCAAACAAUUCACAUCCCUAAAUCAAUGAUAGAUGCGUCCUUUCUAAAGCAUCGAGACCUCACCAUAGGGCAGAAGCGUUAUCUGUGCAGCAUUGCUAAGAUCUAUAAUGCAAACUAUCUGAGGACGUUAAUGAAGAGGCAGUACAUGCAUGUGAUCCAGCGCAGCUCACAAAAGCCAGGUGUCCUCACUCAUCACAGGAGCCGCCUCAGUUCUCGUUAUGCACAGAAGCAGCACUACCCCUGCACUACAUGGCGACACCAACUGGACAGAGAGGACUCAGGGCGUUCUCACGUUGCAGCCGCAUCUGCAUCGGAAAUGAUCAUACAGUAUUCCCUUUGGCGACCAGUGAGAAACAAAGAAGGUUUAAAAAGUGGAUAUGCAUCUAAAACAAGAUGUAAGUCGCUGAAGAUUUUUAGAAAACCAGGCAGACUGUUCAUGCAAUCAGUUUCUACAAAUGAUUCUGAAUCAUACAUGAAUGAAGAAAAAAAGGAAGAAGAUUUACUAAAGUGUAUGCAAUCAAUGUCAAUUGAAGAACAGGGAGAACAUCUGAUGUUAACUUGACAAUCUUGUCUUGUGUGUUGAUGAUGUGCCAAAAGUAGGGGGAAGGGGUUGUGAACUGUGUCCUCCCUCUACGUUUAGGAUAGUAUUGUUAUUCACCAUUAAGUCAUUAAGUAAUUUUGGUUUGUUUAGAAACUUUUUGGUUUGAUGUAGGUACAUGUACCAAUGAUAUUUGUGUAAUAAAAUUUAUGUGCAAUAUAUGCUUGUAUUUCUAGCUAGAUACAAUUAAAAUUUUUUUGUCAC